AUGUUUCGUAAUACAUUCAAAACAUUGUCAUCCAAGAUGGCAUCCCAAUUGGAUCAAGAAUUAAUGUCGACCGGAGCUUUUUCUAUCGAUCAAUUGAUGGAGUUGGCAGGUCUUUCGGUAGCACAGGCGAUUUAUAGACAAUAUCCCCCUACAUCUGCAUCAUCUAAUAAAGUUUUGAUGCUUGUUGGUCCGGGAAACAAUGGGGGUGACGGAUUGGUAGCUUCGAGACACUUGAAGAUUUGGGGUUAUGAUCCGGUCUUAUUCUAUCCGAAGAAAUCUACGAAGAACGAAUUGUACAAGAAUUUGUUGAAGCAAUUGCAAGAUUUGGAAAUUCCGGAGAUUGAAAACCUUGAGGAGAUCAAAAGUCUUUUGGAAACUCCCAAGUCAGUGAAGAUAAUUGUGGAUUCGCUCUUUGGGUUUUCAUUUAAACCACCUAUCCGUGCGCCAUUUGAUGACUUGAUUAAUUAUUUGUCUACGAAUCAUUCGAAAAUUCCGGAUAUAGUGUCCGUUGAUAUUCCAUCGGGAUGGGAUGUCGACAAGGGUCCGGUUGAUGUUGAUAUUAAUUCUACUAUGUUGAUAAGUCUUACGGCACCUAAACCCUGCUCCGAGCAUUUCUUGAAGGAGGGAAGAGUUCAUUAUUUAGGUGGGAGAUUUAUUAACCAGAAAAUUGCUCAGAAAUAUGAUAUUGAAGAUUUGGUCAAGUUGUAUAAGGGUGAUGAACUAAUUGUAAAGUUAUAA